AUGUCGUUGGCAUUCCUCGCUCCAAACUAUCCCGGGAAAGCGGUCAAGUUUAUCCUUACUGACCAGGACAAUACAGAGGCGUAUGCUUGGGUCAUCCUCACCCCCUCGACGUCCACGUGUGGCGGUUCAUCCAGCAGUUCUACACGUCAGACUAGCUCUACACGUAGCUCCUCGACCACUCGGAGCAGUUCCACUGUGACCAGUAGUAGUUCGUCUACGCGUUCUAGCUCAAGUUCCGCUUCGACACCGACGUCGACAUCAAGCAGCACCGGCUCAGGACCCACCGACUCCCCUACAUCUGGCUCGACAUCUGGGACUGGUAGCAGCGGGUCCCAGUCGUCUACACAGUCCGGAGCCCAAAGCUCUGGAACGCAAGGUUCCCCGACAUCAGGGCCCACCGAUACCUCACAAUCUCCAGGUCAAUCUCACGGUGCACCCGAGGACAGAGCACCGCGGCACCUCUUCGUUCUCAAGACAUUGGUGCCGACAACAACAGCAGCAGAGCGCCGAUAUCAUCCCAGGCGCGCAAUGCAAUCAUCGGUACAAUCUUUGGCGGCUUCUUCCUUCUUUCCGGCAUAUUCUGCUGGCAAUGGCGCAAAAGGAGAGCAGAAAGUCGAAGACAGCGCACCGUCGUCCCCGUCAUGGAGAGACCAUCUUCAUGGAGGAAAUGAUGAAGAAGGCAUUAUGAGUGAACGCCCGGCGCAAACCCUGUUUUCACCUCGCAGCGGGGGAAACUCUUCAGUAUAUGGCACUGAUCGAACGCCAGGUGGCGGACGUAAGAUCGCCUCGGAGAUAAGCGAGGAAGACCUGAGAGCCAUGAUGGCCCUUCAUGCGGGUUCAUUCGAUUCCGCUCCAUCCCCACCCCGAGGUCACAACAGAGCGGCGAUUCCGAUACUAUCUGUUCCCGAUAACCUGCCAUCAACUUCCCACAGUCCGAAUAACGUCUCAUUGGUCCAAAUGCAGGGUAUGCAACCAAUCACUGGGAUAGCACCUUCCACACCGACGACUUUGGACUCACCAAUGUCGUCUAUAGGGCCUCAACAUGAUCCACCACGGUCUACUCAGCCUCUUCUCUCAACUAGUGCCAAAUACAGACGUGAAUUUGGUAGAAGCGCAGAUAUCAACUAUGGCACAUCCGCAAUGCCACAAGGAGCCUCUAGCACUGUGUAUUCGGGGAUGAACACGGCAUCAGAACCAUCUGGAAGGCAUACUAGCUGGAUUGAGGAUGAGAUGACACAUCGUACGGUGGAGAUAUCACUCCUCCUCAAUCUCCUUCAUACAGCGCAUCCGGACCCUUACCAAGUCUCUAUUCACGGUCUCAUUGAUCGAGACGUAGCAUAUUUGGGCCAGCAUGAGAAAUCCACGAGUACUCCAAACCAUCCUCCAAAAUCGCCACUAUCCUCACCUCUCACCCCAAUCUCAAGGCCAAUGUAUUCAAGCCCCGCGGCCGCGCCUGGGAUUGCUACCACUGGAGGUUCAUCUCGUCCACCCGGUAGACUGCGAGUGACAAACGCCACCGAUGUUGGAAGCUCUCACGGCGUCAUCUCUGAUAGUGAAGCGGAGAAUUUCACUGGAAAACCGUACUCCCCUAGUUACAAGAGAUCAAAAUCAAAAUUCUCAAUCAGUCAACCUGCGAAACCGUUGGUAUUCCCGCCAGACGAUGAACACGAUGAUGUUGGCAAUACGCCGGGGACGUCGAGACAUGAGCCAGGGAGUCUGGUGGAUCUUGUAUCCGCGCGUGAUGGUCGUGCUCAUGCAUCUCACCCUUCAGUGGAGGGACGCUCGAACAGGUCAUCAGUUGAUAUACAUGAUGAAGAUGACUUUCUAGGUGCCCCGCCCCCGUCUUAUAGAUAG